UGCUCCCAGUUGAUAAACCCUUAGUGAAGGAGUUGUUGAACGUACAGGGACACUGAGACAAUCAUGACUGACAGUCAGAGUGUGUCAGAUAUGGAGGAUGAGCAGUGCUGGGUCCAGCUGGAGGAUUACAGAAUGCUGCUGACAAAGAUCAUUGAGCCGUCGCGAAUCACUCCUUACCUGCGUCAGUGUAAGGUGCUAAGCAGUGAGGAUGAGGAGCAGAUAUUCAAUGACCACAGUCUGGUCAUCCGCCAACGCAAAGUAGGUGUACUAUUGGAUAUUCUUCAAAGAACUGGACUCAAAGGCUAUGUGACAUUCCUCGAGAGCUUGGAGCUGGAUUAUCCUCGAUUGUAUCGCAAAAUUACUGGCAAAGAACCUGCCCGGGUCUUUUCUGUACUAGUUGACACGGUGGGUGAGUCAGGACUGACUCAGUUCUUGAUGAGUGAGGUCACACGUCUGCAGAAGGGCCUGCAGGAAGAACGCCGGCGCAGACAAGAGGCCACUUGGGCUGCAGCCACGCAGGAGGACACCUUACGGCAGCAGCAGGUUAAGGAGAGGGAGCUGCGGAAGCAGCAGGAGCGCGUGCAGUGUAUGAGGGAGGAGAGGGACCGGCAAUGGGAGGUGGUAUGCCACCUGAAGGACGAGAACUACAGCCUGAUGCACAACGUAACCAAGCUGAGCGAAGAGAAGAAUAGUGCUCUCAUGUCCAACCGGGAUCUGCAGUUGGAGAUAGAAAAGCUGAAGCACAGCCUGAUGAAUGCAGAGAGUGACUCGAAAAUCCAACGCAAGCAAACUGUGAACCUGAAGAAUGCCAUUGAGGAGAGACCCAGUCAGGACAUGAUUUGGCAGCUCCAGAGACACAAUGAUCUGCUCACAGUGCGCAUCCAGGAGCUGGAGAGCUCAGCUCAGCAGGGGACAGCUCCAGCCCCCUUGGAUCAAGAGAAGCUGAGCACUGAGAGUCUGGAGGACUACAAGCAGCACUCUCAGGCUCAGCACCAGGAGCUGGUCAACAACAUCUACAACCUACGCAGAGAUCUGCACGAUGCUGAGGCACUACGGAAUCGGUACUUGGAGGCGAAGGAGGUUCUUGAGUUGAAGUGCACAACAUUAAAGAAAGAUGCAAAAAUGUAUCGUGACCGAAUGGAGGACAUCCUGAAACAGAUGGACGAGGUUAUCAGGGAGAGAGACAAGGCCAUCGCCUCUCGAGAGGAGUACCACCAGGAGAAUUCACGGUGCCUCCAGGAGAAGGACCAGUACCGGAAGAAGAUUCGGGAGCUGGGUGAGCGCUGUGAUGAGCUGCAGGUCCAGUUGUUCCGGACUGAGGCAGAGGUUAUGGCUCUACAGACCAUGCUUCACAUUAACACCUGCUCCCCACAUGAUAAAAGCCAGACCAGUGAGGAAGACUGCAGAGAUACAUUAACCGAAGGCAAGAAUGGAGACCUGCAAUGUCAGACAUCAGGGGAGUAUGAUGUGUGCAUUGCUUUGCAAGUCCACCCGUUGUGUGCAGAAGGGUCCCCGGAGGAUAAAAUCUCAGGAGAAAGGGCUUUAUCAGAGGAUGAGCCCUCAGACUGCCGCAAGCCCAGAGAGAGGUGUAACUUCUACUACAGAAGGAAACGUGCCCUUAGGAGGUCAAAGGCCACAUGCAAGGAAUGCAAACCUUGUGUCCUGGACAACAGCAGUGGAAGUGACAACACUGACACGGAUGGGAUGUGACUGAGUGGGGGGAGGCAGGGGCAGAGGAGUGGCUGGGGGACAUGGCAAGGUCCUUCAGAAACAUAGGCUAGUCUACUUUCCUUAACAAAAAUAUUAGAAUUAUUAAAUCAAUUGAAAUAAUAAUUUUGUUGAAAUGAUGUAGAGCACCAGUCAAAAGAUUGGACACCUAUUCAUUCAAGGGUUUUUCUUUAUAUUUACAAUUUUCUACAUUGUAGAAUAAUAGUGAAAACAUCAAAACUAUGAAAUAACACAUAUGGAAUCAUGUAGUAAGCAAAAAAGUGUUAAACAAAUCAAAAUAUAUUCUUCAAAGCAGCCACCCUUUGCCUUGAUGACAGCUUUGCACACACUUGGCAUUCUCUCAACCAGCUUCACCUGGAAUGCUUUUCCAACAGUCUUGAAGGAGUUCCCACAUAUGCUGAGCACUUGUUGGCUGCUUUUCCUUCACCCUGCGGUCCAACUCAUCCCAAACCAUCUCAAUUGGGUGAUUGUGGAGGCCAGGUCUGAUGCAGCACUCCAUCACUCUCCGUCUUGGUCAAAUAGCCCUUAAACAGCCUGGAGGUGUGUUGGGUCAUUGUCCACUAAGUGCAAACUAGAUGAGAUAGAGUAUCGCUGCAGAAUGCUGCGGUAGCCAUGCUGGUUAAGUGUGCCUUGAAUUCUAAAUAAAUCCCUGACAUUGUCACCAGCAAAGCACCACCACACCUCCUCCAUGCGUCACGGUGGGAACCACACACGCGGAGAGCAUCUGUUCACCUACUCUGCAUCUCACAAAGACACAGUAGUUGGAACCAAAAAUCUCAAAUUUGGACUCAUCAGACCAAAGGACAGAUUUCCACCAGUCUAAUGUCCAUUGCUCGUGUUUCUUGGCAAGCAAGUCUCUUCUUCUUAUUGGUGUCCUUUAGUAGUGGUUUCUUUGCAGGAAUUUGACCAUGAAGGCCUGAUUCACGCAUUCUCCUCUGAACAGUUGAUGUUGAGAUGUGUCUGUAACUUGAACUCUGUGAAGCUUUUAUUUGAGCUGCAAUUUAUGAGGCUAGUAACUCUAAUGAACUUCUCCUCUUCAGCAGAGGUAACUCUGGGUCCUCCUUUCCAGUAGCAGUCCUCGUGAGGGCCAGUUUCAUCAUAGCGCUUGAUGGUUUUUGCGACUGCACUUGAAGAAACUUUCAAAGUUUUCCAGAUUGACUGACCUUCAUGUCUUAAAGUAAUAAUGGACUGUUUGCUUAUUUGAGCUGUUCUUGCCAUAAUAUGGACUUGGUCUUUUACCAAAUAGGGCUAUCUUCUGUAUACCACCCCUACCUUGUCACAACACAAUUGAUUGGCUCAAACACAUUAAGAAGGAAAGAAAUAUCACAAAUGAACUUUUAUCAAGGCACACCUGUUAAUUGAAAUGCGUUCCAGGUGACUACCUCAUGAAGCUGGUUGAGAGAAUGCUAAGAGUGUGUAAAGCUGUCAUCAAGGCAAAGGGUGGCUACUUUGAAGAAUCUCAAAUAUAAAAUAUGUUUUGUUUAACGCUUUUUUGGUUACUAUAUGAUUCAGUAGGUGUUAUUUCAUAGAUUUGAAUUCUUCACUAUUUUCCUACAAUGUAGAAAAUAGUCAAAAUAAAGAAAAACCCUUGAAUGAGUAGGUGUGUCCAAACUUUUGAAUGGUACUGUAUAUAUUUACUCUUUGUAUUGCAAUUUCUAAUAAAAUUGCAAUAUUUUGAACUUUGA